AGGCUUCGCUCUGAUACUCUUACUUACGAUUUUAAUAUUGAUGAAGAGAUAAUUACUAACAAUGAUUCAUAUCUAGAAGGAAGUCAGGUAGAAAAUAGUGAUUGUAUAAUUGCAGAAUUAGAGCGACAAAUAGAAGAUCAGAAAAAUCGUGAUC